AUGGCCACCUCUGCGCGGAUCGUCGCUCCCACUGCGCCCCAGCCCCACACCCACACCAUUAUCCUACGUCAUGGACGCGGUAGUAAUGGCAGUGUCUUUUGCGACGAACUUUUCGAAAGCGAGGAUAGCUCCGACCGAUUCAUCGUCGACAUCUUUCCCACUGUCAAAUGGGUAUUCCCCAGCGCAAUGGAAUCCUAUACCAUGAGCGAUGGCGAGUUUCAAUGGUUCGACAUGUCAUCAGUGCAGCGACCACAAGAGAACAACGAAAUACAGAAGAGUGGACUGUGGCAUAGCGUCGCGCAAAUUCUUCUGGUGGUCGAGGAAGAAGCGAAUGUUGUAGGAAGUCAAAACGUGAUACUAGUGGGUAUAAGUCAGGGAUGUGCUACUGGUAUUUUUGCUCUGUUAGCUUCUGGGAUACGGGUUGGAGGCUUUGUAGGACUGAACGGGUGGUUGCCGCUGGCAGAUGAGGUGCAAGGUAUCACGAAAGUGCCGGGUAGGGUCCAAGAUGUGUUGAAGAUGCCGGUGCUGUUGCAGCAUUGCAAAGACGAUGAUAUUGUACCGGUUGAAAAUGGGGACGACCUUAAGAAAAGACUCGAAGAGAUGAACAUGUGCGUCAAAUGGGAAUGCUUUGAUGACGGUGGGCAUUGGCUCAACGAGCCUGAAGGUAUGGACGGGCUAGUAGAUUUCAUUCAAAUGGUCAUGAUAGCCACAUGA